AUGAUGCUACGAGAGGAAGAAUUGCUAAAGGUGUUCGAAGGUCUGAAAUUGGGGGUUAGAGAGGAGUCUGGUACUUUAUGUUUAAGCCGACUGCAAAUUUCAAGUGAUUUUAAAUCUAAGAUCGAAAAAGCUCAACAAGACGAAGAGGAAUUGCAGAAGGUGUGGCUGGCAAUUAAGCAAGGGAAGCGAUGGAGAGUAUCUUGGGACGAUGACAGGAUAUGGAGAUUCAAGGGUAGGAUCUGUGUGCUGGACAUUGGAACCCUACGGAAGGAUAUCUUGAAAAAAGCGAACAAAAGUGGAUUCUCUAUUCAUUUAAAAAGCACUAAGAUGUACCAGGAUCUCAAGGCAAUGUUCUGGUGGCCGGGAAUGAAGAAUGACGUAGUGUUACAUAUAUCUAAGUGCCUGACCUGUCAGAAAGUCAAGAUUGAACAUCAGAAACCAUCAGGAACCCUUCAACAGAGAUUCCUCAAUGGAAAUGGGAGAGCAUCGUGA